GCGGUGCGGAAGUGAGGUCAUCAGCGCGCCAUCACAAACCACUUCGAAAGUUUGUUUAUUUCCAUUCUACGGUUCGUUCAGGAGUUUUAUAUUUCUCCGGGUUUGGGCUAACAGCAAAAAUAGCGUUGUUGACUCAGAGUUAGUUUCAUUUAGACACUUUCGGAGCGAGAGGUAGAAACAAACGAGCAACUGGAAGCGUAAAUGAAUGAAUGGAUGACUUCUUCGCGAUAGCCUCUUUUCCUCUUUUGCAGACAGCCGGUGCACAGAUAGCAGCCGUGAUGGCAGACGGGUACCUAUCUACCACCAUGUCCACGGUCGGGGAUGGAACCUACGACCUUGUGAACACGAUGACUACAGGGGAUGUGACAACAGUUGACAUGUCGACAGGUGACACGACUGUUGGGGACGCCACCAGGGAUGAAGGUGAGGGAGACCUGCCGGCCAUCUUCAUGUGUGCCAAAUGUCACCUGGUGAUGGGAGACUCUCUCUCUUGGGCCGGGUCCGAUGAACGCCAGAACCACAUCUUAUUACGCAGUGUAACCAGUAAUGUGUGUGUCAGUAAGGACCCUUUAUUCGCCGGGAAAUACCGGAAGAUGGGAUGUGUGGUGCGUGUCUUGUCGUGUGUAGGCUGCAAGUGUCAAGUGGGGAUCAUGUAUCUGUCAACGCCACCAGAGUUGGACCACCGCAGAUCACUAUAUAGCAUGGACGUAGCCAACAUGGACAGUUAUGUUGUGGGCUCGACUGAACAACAGAGGGCAGCGGUGAGUUCAGAAAAGAUGCCAGUCACCAUGGAAACCAGAGACAGCGUCCAGAAACAACUGAAUAAGAUGCAGGUGUUAACUGUGGCGUUGGGCCAGAGGCUCGAUGACAUUGAGAAGGAGCUGAGCAAAACCAAAUUGACAGAGUGAUGAUCCACUGAUGACUUUAACAACCCUCACCAUCUCAUCAGUGAUGACUUUAACUGCUGUACGAACUAACUAGGAGCUCCAGAAAAGCUAAUUGUUGCAGUCCUGAGCCACCGAUGACUUUAACAACCCUCUUCAGCACUAGCUACACCACAAAGCAUGAAAUCGUAAGCAAGCUUAAUUUAAGUAAAAAGAACACCAAAUAACUACUACUUUUGAAAUAGAACUUAAAACUAGAACUUUGUCCAUGAGGAAAGACUUUUUUUCUUGGUGAUAUAUAUUUUUUAAAUGAUCAAGAAAAAAGGACUUGCCCUAUGGACGAAGUCAAAGUCAAAAACAAGUCAAAAAUACUACUUAUUUUUACUGAAAUCAGGAUUGUCCGGACAUUUUUGUACUUAAAACAAGACAAAUAAGCUUGUAAAGAUUUCAUCUUUUGCAGUGAGUGUUGCACCAGUGCAUCAGUGAUGACUUUAACAACCCCAAUCUGGACUAAAUAGACUGAACACCACCACAUCAGUUUUUGAAAAAAGUGUUUGCUUUUGUUGGGUUUUUUCCCAAUUUAAAGUUUCAUAUUAAAGUAAAAGGUUCUUCUUUUCCUUCUUUUGUGUAUGUCCAUAUCAUUAACCUGUUUCAUCGACUUGAGAAUUUAUAAUAA